CGCACAAAGCCCUUCCUGUACCCUCUCUCUACUGUACUCAGAUACGUAACGUGCCUUUGUGCACCAUUACGACGCGACCCUAAUGGCCUCGUUGCAACUCUAGAAUUUAGUGCUAGUACGGGAACAGGACAGCCGUGUUCACACACACUGCUCGUUUCCACAUGCGUCCGGGACUGACAAGUAUUGCGGCGGAGAUGCUGAGCGGUGCUACCUGCAGGGCCAGGCCGAGGCUGGGCAGCCUCCUGCUGGACCCCCUCACCAAAACAGUGCCGCUGAUGUCAAGCACGGGAAGCCGCAGAUUUCGGUCCACGUCCUCGAUGCAGGGGUUCUCAGAGAUGUCAAGAGAGCGGUCGAAGACUGUCACGUCGUUUUACAACCAGUCCGCAAUCGACGUUUCCGCAGAAAAGGCCUCAGUGCGACUGACCUUAGCAACCCUGCUGUAUUCUGGGAAGUCUCCCGAUGGACACCACGUCUUGAGCAGUGCCAAGUACCUACACAAAGAGCUGCCUGUACGAAUCUCCCAUCGCAUCAAGGGCUUCCGCAGUUUGCCCUUCAUCAUUGGCUGCAACCCCACCAUUCUGCAAGUGCAUGAACUGUACAUCAGAGCCUACCACAUGCUCAGUGACUUUCCCUCGAUCAAGGAUCAGGACGAGGAGGCACAGUUCUGUAAACUGGUGCAGCAGCUGCUGGACGACCACAAAGAUGUGGUCACCAUGCUGGCCCAGGGCUUCAGAGAGUGUCGCCGACACAUCCAGGAUGAGGCAAUCAUCCGCAGCUUCCUGGAUACAACACUGUGCUCUCGUCUGGGAAUCCGAAUGUUGGCCACGCACCACCUCGCCCUCCACGAGGACAAUCCUGAUUUUGUUGGGAUGAUAUGCAGACGUCUCUCCCCGAAAAAGAUCGUUGAGAAGUGGGUGGACUUUGCCAGGCGCCUGUGUGAGCACCAGUACGGUAACUCGCCCAGAGUGAGGAUCAACGGGCACGUAGCAGCUCGCUUCCCCUUCAUCCCUCUGCCUCUGGAUUACAUCCUGCCCGAGCUCCUCAAGAAUGCCAUGAGGGCCACCAUGGAAAGCCAUCUGGACACCCCAUACAAUGUGCCUGAUGUGGUCGUCACCAUUGCCAAUAACGACAUUGAUUUUGUCAUCAGGAUUUCGGACCGUGGUGGCGGCAUUCCUCACAAUAUUAUAGACAAGGUGAUGGACUACCACUUUAGCACGGCUGAGGAGAGUGCACAGGAUCCCCGCAUGAGCAACUUGUUCAACAACAUUACCAACAGUGGAAACCAGUCCAACCCUAUGCAUGGGUUUGGUUUCGGCUUGCCCACGUCCAGGGCCUACGCUGAGUACCUAGGCGGUUCUCUGUCCGUACAGUCUAUGCAGGGCAUCGGCACUGAUGUCUACCUUCGUCUGCGCCACAUUGACGGCAAAGGAGAGAGCUUCCGAGUGUAAAGCUUCGGUCAUCCUCGUAGAUCCCAACCUAGGGAAUUGGGCCAUGCAGCAGUGCAGAGCGUUCCCUACCAGCUACGGCUGGAAUGGACUACAGGACUUUGGUCCACAAAGUGAUAGCCUACACACAGUAUGUUGUCCGAAAGCUCCCAAAUUCACCAACCCACUACUUGUUUUUUGUUUUGUUUUUGCCUUUCUGAUUAUAAGCUAUGUUAGCUCUCAAGUCGAUGAUUAUAGUUGUUUUUUUUCCUCUGCGUUUUGUACCCUGUGGCAUGUCGUCUUGAAGUUUUAACAGGAGUAUGAAUUUUUGAAUGUUUAGGUUAUCGGGACAAACGAUGUGCAUGAUAGUGGACAUUGACGUUAAUGUGGAAGGAAGGAAAGAAAUCUUCAGUUUUAAAGAAGUUCACUUUGAAGUUUCAUAGCCUCAAAAUAAGAUCAGACAGUUUGAUGAUUCAAUGUUUCAAAUACAACGUCUGAGACACUCCAGCAAUCCUGUCAAAAUCUCCUCAAAGUGCCCAAAGCUGCUCACAUGUUUCACGAUGAUCCAUGUAGUCUGAAUAACGGGAUCCUUCCGCUACGUUAUCAGCUGUUUGUAUCUAAAUCUAAGGUCUACAAGGGAGAACCGCAGUACACAAGUAUAACUUAAGUGCUAAAGCAUGUGCUGUAAAACCUCAAUUCUUGACAAACUGUAGUGAUAUUCUAAAAAACCAUCUCUUGAAUUCAGCUCAGAAAAAAAAUAAACUUCCCAAACACCAAAAGCUCAUUUAACAUCUUUGUUCAGCAGUAUUUUUGUGGAGCUUUCAGGCAGAGAAGCCAACCGAGUUGUUCAGUUGCCUUACUGUGUGACGCUAGUCCUUCAACCGCAUGCCGACUUUUCUUGUCUUGAUUUUGUUGCCUUUAUCGGUUCACACAGACGUACCAUGUCAGUCAGCUUCAUUAGUUUGAUGUCAGAUGUUGUUGGUCUUUGCACAAUGAAUAGAAAUCUUUUUUUUUUUUUUUUUUGAAAGUGUGUCCGUUGUAUUGCAAGUUUGCUGUCUUUUCUAAAAAAGUUUUGUAUAAGAAUACAUUUUAAGAUGGGUCAACGACUAUGGACGUUCAGAUCGGCUAAGCUUGCUAGACUUAUUUUUUUUUUUUAGGUUCAUUUUCUCCAGAGCACAACUUAUUAUGUCUUGAGACGACAAAUGUACAUAUGUGUUUUUUAUUUUUAUUUACAUUUUUUGUAUUUUGAGUUGUUUUGGAGCUAAUUUAGAAAUUCCCCCAGUUCCCCAACGACUUGUCACUGCUAAAGGUCUCCGUAUGCUUCAAAAAUAACAAUGUCGUCCGACCACUUUGAAAGAAAAGUGUGUUGAUACCUGUUACGUAUGGCCACAAACCUGCCAUGAUCCCCUUAUGGCUGCAUCCCCUAUCACUUUUGUGAUCCUACAAGCAUAUUGAGUCACUAGUGCAACAACAAGAAUGCAAUCCCUCACAGACUCCCCACGCACCAACACGACCAUAUUUUUUUCUUUUUUUCUUUUUGCUUUUUAAGCCCGUCAUUUUAAUAAGAAUUACUAAAUUAAAAGGUUAUCUCUUGUUAUCAAACUUUUUUUUUUUCUUCUUCUGUCACCUGAACUAUCAUCAUCUAUCCAAAAUAUGUCCAAGUUUGUUUCAGUCAUUCCUCUCAGCCUGAAAACUUACAAAUGAGUACCACAAAAAACAUCAGUUAAAAUGAAGUGUGAUUAUGGAUAAAACUGACAAAAUAAUCAAGUUGUGAUCUCAAAAAAAUGAACCUAACGUGUCUAACAAACCCUGGCCUUUCUGAGUCUCCAGUUAGUUAUGUAAUACAGUACAGAGAAGAACCAAGAAGCCAAGUCCUGAAGUUUAGAAAUCUGCCCAAAUGAUUAACCAACUCAAGCACUCCUCACAUGUUGUUGAACAUUCCCCAGUGGGCACCAGUUGUGAAGCAACACAUCAACCUGAAUUUACACUUUGUAUCUGUUGGGAGCAUUCGUUAUUAUAUUAGCUUAUGCUGUUUUUGCUUUUGUUCUUUUUCAUCAGAAAGGAAAUUGUGAAUCUUGAGCUGUAAUUAACAAGAUGAUAAAUCUAUGAACUUUGGAAACCAUAAGAAGUUAGGAUUCAAAGCAGUUUAUUUCUUUAUACAGAUUAAGAUUUUGGACUGAUUUGAGCUUUAGAAUCAUAUACACUGUGUAAACGACCUAAUGGAGAAAAUGGCACUGUUUUUUUGUCUUUGAAAAUCUAUCAAAAGUAUAAGAUUCGGAACUUCUUAAUCUUACGAAUUCAGCAACUGGCUCACUUGAAUUUGCCCUCACAAACAGAAUGCAAAAUUAGUUUACAUAUACUUGUUCCCCGAAGCUUGUGAGACCUUAUGAAAACAUAAGUGAACCAGUUAUUUCAGUCGUAAGAUAUAUUAAAUCUGCACAAAUUUAAUUUGUGAAAGGCUCGUAUUUAUUUUGACGUAUGCAAUAAAAAUAGCCCCGUAUAAUUCACAGUUCCAGAGUGACUGAGAAUGGCCUGUAUUAUCUGUACCGGUACUUGUGUUCUUGCUGAGGCCGUGUAUAUGCAUUAAUGUGUUUAUUGUGGCUUUGAAGGUUAUGAAGAUGUAGUAAAUAUGUACUGUAUGCAUGUAAAACAAAGGGGGAGUUAACACCACAUAGCUGCCAGACGCUGUUAAAUAAUGUUUGGGUUGUGUCCAUUUUGAGAUACAUUAAAAGGUAACCAGCAUCAUUCUGAGAAUUUCUUCUAUUCCAAAAAUGUUACUGGUAAAAUGUUGAAGGUGGCUUAAAAAUUGUAGCUCUGGCAGCCAGGCUGUAGAAUGAAAUGUGAACUGUCUGCCCUCUGCUGGCUCAUGAAGAGAAAUGCAUUAUUUUAGUUUUUGAAGGGGAACAAGAUGUACAACGUAUACGGUCAUUUCUAUUUUCCAUGUGUCUGAUUUUGUAAUUUUUGCAGAUCAAAAUGAGAAUAAACAAACAACAAAAAAAUCAUUUCAACAUCCUCUCCAGUACAAAGCCAGAUAUUGGAGUCAUGUUACUGACUAUGUGCUGCCAUGGAGUGUUUUGUCUCCUAGACUGAAUUUAGUUUUCUUUUGUGUUCAGGACUCUUUAGACAUUAAAUUUUACUUGGUUGGAAAUUAA